AUGGAUCUUCAAACGUUCCACAGUACGGUUGUGAAUUUGUUGGGCACGGACAACGAGCUUCGUGUCGCCGCUGAGCGCCAAUACAAUGAAGUCCCAUUAGCGAAUCGGGCUCAGCUCCUUCUCCAACUUUACAUGGAUGCUUCGGUGAAUAAUGAGGUAAGAAUUUAUUCUUUAUUGUUAUUGGUUUUUAGGAUGCGAUUUGAGACAUAAAUCUUAACAUUUUUGACAUUGAUCUCAUGGAUAAGAUAGUUCUGCCGAAUUUAGGCAAAAUUUUUGCACUGGAAGUCUCAUUCUUGGCCUUGAUGAGUAAUCUAUAGUCUUUGCAGGUCCGUUCAAUGGCUCUGGUUCUUUUCCGUCGCCUUUUGUCCGCCGAUUACAACGAACUCUGGCAUGCCGUUGGAGAACAAGCGAAACCCGAAUUCCUCCAACAAUUUAUCACUUUCAUCACCCAAGAAGACACUCCCGUCCUCAGGAAACGUUUGACCGACAUUGUCGCUGAGAUUUCGCGAAACACAAUUAGUAAGGAAGAAGUUUGAGGAAGGAUUUAUAAAUUAUUUUAGAUGAAGAUACCGCUAAGCAAGAAUGGACCGGAGUCAUGCAAUUGAUUGAGCAUUGUGCUACUUCUGAUCGUCCCGAACUCCGAGAAGUUGGAAUGCAGCUGAUUGAGUACGUUUUUUUUUUGAAAUUUUUUAUCUUGUUUUAGGUCAGGAGCAGGAUACUCGAUAUUUUUAUCUUUUUAUUAAUCAAAUUCUGAUGUGUUCUGUUUAGAAACGUCCCAAAUAUCUUCGGCGUUGACCAAGAGCACUACAUGAAUGGAAUCAAGACCAUGUUCCAAUCUUCCCUGCUCUAUGGAGCUGAUAGUAAAGUCAGAACCGCCGCGGUUCGAGCCUACGUUUCCUUCGUCUGCGACAACGACGAAAAUGAUGGAGUUGUCAAAUCUCUGGCUGAUCUGAUCCCAGCUGUCAUUCAGGUAUGAUUUUGAAUCUUUUUUCUUGGUGUUUAGAUCAAUUAUCACAAUGGAUAAUGUAACCGGGAAACUAAUAAAUUUCGAUGUUUCCAGGUGUGCCAACAUGUGGUAGCCAACGAAGAUGACGAUGACGUCCCUCUUCAAUGUCUGGGAGAUCUGGCCUCGUCCGUUCCGAAGACCCUGACUCCUCAUUUGGCCACCAUCGCCGAACUGUGUCUUCAAACAAUGGGCGAUGAAGAGAAGGACGAAAGCUAUCGUCACUCGGCGCUGGAAGUCAUGGUCUCAUUCUGUGAGUCUGCUCCAGCCACCAUGCGAAAGAAGGGCGCCAGAUUCCUCCCGUUGUUGGUCCAAAAUUGUCUCAAAUUGAUGUCCGAUAUGGAGGAUGAUAUCAGCGAUUGGUUGGCUUGCGAUAACAUUGAUGAAGAUGAGGAUGAAGAGAAUGUGGGAAUUGGUGAAAUGUCUCUGGACAGAAUCUGUUGUGCGGUUGGAGGAAAAGCCGUAAUGCAGCCAUUGCUUCAGGCUAUCAAUGAGAUUAUAAAGAAUCGUAAGCAAUUUUGUAUGAUUUAGAAGAGGUUUAAUUGUGUCUUGGGGUUGAAAGGAGAUUUUUUGAGGCUUUUCGAAUUUAAAAUGACGAAAUUUAUAUUGUAGUAGAUUGAAAAGACUAAAAAUUUUCAAAUUUAUAUUACACUUGCUUUCAGCUGACUGGCGCUACCGUCACGCCGCCAUUAUGGGCCUGUCUACGAUGGGCGAAGGCUGUCGUCGCCAAAUGGAGCCGCUGAUCGCUCAAAUCAUCCAUGAUAUGGUGAUCCCCGCCAUCCAAGAUCCCCAUCCUCGAGUGCGCUACGCCGUCUGCAACUGUCUCGGCCAAAUGUCCACUGACUUUGCCCCCACCGUCCAGAAGAAGUGCCACGAAAGAGUGCUGGGAGCCCUGAUUGAGACCGCCGGCGAUCUGAACACCCCUCGAGUGGCCGCUCACGCUGGUGCGGCUCUGGUCAAUUUCUGCGAGGAGUGCCCCAAAAACAUCAUGGCCGCUUAUUUGAAGCCGAUCAUGGACAAGUUGGAGUAUGUUUUGGAGCACACCUUCAAGCACAUGCUGGAGAGCGGAAAGAAGUUGGUCCUCGAACAGAUCAUCACCACGAUCGCUGCGGUCGCCGACGCCGCCGAAAACACCUUUGUCGACUAUUAUCAGCGCCUCUCCCACCCUUUGAAGUACAUUUUGAGCAACUCCAACUCCCACGAAUUGAAGUCGCUGCGCGGAAAAACGAUGGAAUGCCUGUCGCUGAUCGGAAUCGCGGUCGGAAGAGAGAAAUUCCGCGGCGAUGCCGCCGAAAUCAUGAACACUUUGCUCCAGUCGGGCCUCAAGUUUGAUGAAGAAGACGACCCCGAACUCUCCUACAUGAUCAGUUCCUGGGCCAGACUCUGCAAGGUUAUGGGCUCGGAGUUCGCGCCCUACCUCCCGCAUGUCAUGCCCAGCAUCAUGAAAUCGGCAAGCAUGCAGCCGAAUGUCAGCAUCCUCGACGACGACGAGGUGGAGGGAUACGAUGAAGACGAUUGGAACAUCAUCUCGUUGGGCGAUCAAAGAUCCAUUGGCGUAAAGACCGCCGGAUUGGAGGACAAACUCACCGCCUGCGAAAUGCUCGUCAGCUUCGCCAGAGACCUGGGAGCCGCUUUCGGGCCAUACAUUGAGGAAGUUUUGACCCUCAUGAUCUCCCAGUUGAAGUAUAUCUUCCAUGAUGGAGUUAGAACGGCCGCUGCGGAGUGUUUGCCCGCCUUGUUGGCCUGUGUGAAGGAACAGGGCCCGGCCGCUGAAAGAGAGGUCUUCAAUAGAAUUUUGGGACCCCUGAUGUGAGUUUUGGGCGGUUAGAGGAAAAGUUGAGAUUUUUUUGGGGCGAAAAUCGAUUUUCUUGGAAUGCAGAAGCUCUUCUGUGUUGAAUGAAUCGCAAGAGGUUGAAUUAUUCGUUAUAUAAAAGUUUUGCUGUGCGGAUGUUGGGUUUGCCUAUAAUUGCUUCACAAAACCUCUAAAAUUGCUUGUUGUAGACAGGUUUUGUUGUACAGAGGUUUGUUGUUGAGAAGUUUCGCCAUUAAAUUGUAAGUGGAAUCUCUCAACAACAAACCUCUGUACAAUGAAACCUCUCUGUAACAAGCAAUUUUAGAGGUUUUGUGAAGCAAUUAUGGGCAAGCCCAACAUCCACACAACAAAACCUUUGUAUAACGAACAGUUCAAUCUAUUGCGAUUCAUUCAACACAGAAGAGCUUCCGCAUCAAGAAAAUCGCCAACGGCAGUUUAAUCGCUCGAAAUUCUCCUAAAAUCUGCAAAACUGUUGAUUUUUUGAAAUAAUUUUUCGUUUUUAGCCAAUCUCUGGAAAACGAGACCGAUCUGGAGGUCCUCGCCGCUAAACUCUACGCCAUCGCUCAAAUGAUCGAAGAGGCGGGCGCUCGACUCUUCGGAGAGGCCGAGAUCAAGACCGUCCUCACCGUCAUCCAGAACCAAAUGAGACGCUACGAAGAGCGCCAAGUGGAGAUCAAGAAGAGCCGCAAGGACGACGACUUUGACGAGGAAGACCAACAAGAACUGGAGGAGCUGUACGACGCCGAAGCCAGCGUCCUCGCCCGCAUCUCCGACAUUAUCCACUACCUCUUCGCCACCUUCGAAGAGAAGAUGAUGCCCUACUUUGCCGAGCUGAACCCCCAGUUCGCGGCCCUUUUGGACGCGUCGAGACCGUGGAGAGACAGACAGUGGGGCACCUGCGUCUACGAUGAUAUUAUUGAGUAUGGAGGGGAUCAGGCCCGGAUUCAAUAUCAGGCCAUAUAUCUGGAACCGUUGCUCAGACAUGCCGCGGAUUCAUAUCCAGAAGUCCGACAGGCUGCUGCCUAUGGAAUUGGAGUCUUGGCGAUGAAGGUAGGCAUUGAUUUGGGGUGAUUUGAGGAGUUUGAUGUCAUGGAUAAUAUAAAAUUUGGAAAUUUUUUGGUGUUUUUGUGUUGGAAUGUCUGUUGGAGAGAAAGUAAAAGACGAUUUGAGUGGUUUGAGUUAUCAAGGAAUAGAUUUGAUGCAAAAUUUGACCUAAUUUUUGUCAUGGAUAAUAUAAUUUUAGUUGGGUUUUAGUGAUUUUUUGGUUUUGAUACAGUAUUUUAUUGGAUAUUAAUAGAUAAUAUGGAGAGUUUAGAUGAUUUUAAGCUCUGUUUUGACACUAAUUUUACUAAAAUUUUUACAUGGAGAAGAUAAUUUUUGAUUAUUUUUGGGGAUUUUUAGGGUUCUAACUCGUUUAUUUGCAGGGUGGAGCCCAGUUCGCUCAAGUCUACCCCAAAGCCCUCGAGGUUUUGGCCCAUUCCAUCAACCUCCCGGAUGUCCGCGAAUCCGAAGAAGGCCUGGCCGCCACAGAGAAUGCCAUCUCCGCGGUCGCCAAGAUCCUCAAGUUCAACGCGGCCUCCGUGGACACGAAUGCCGUCAUCCCCGCCUUCAUUGGAUGGCUCCCCAUCUGGCAGGAUGACGAGGAACUCCCCUAUGUUUACUCCUAUUUCUGCGAUCUGGUCGAAGCCAACAACCCUGUGGUUCUGGGCGCAAAUAACGAGAAUCUCCCCAAAAUUUUCGAAAUUAUCGUCUCCACCUUCAGUCAUGGCGCCUUUGACACGGACGAACCCAAGGAGGAAUUGACACAGACCAAGAACAGAUUGAUCAAUAUCGUCAAAAUGUUGAGGGUAAGUGGGGAAAAAUGAAUGUAAAAAGGAAGUAGAGGAUAUAAGAGGGGGUUUGGCAUAGGUAUAGAAGAAGUUGGAGGGGUAUUUUUGAGGGUUUUGCCUAGUGUAAUAUAAUUUUUGAUGAAUGAGAUGGAUUUUUUUGGAAUUUUGUGGUUGAUACUUUAUGGAUAGGAGGGAAACGAGUGUUGGUUGCUUGGAAAUGCCCUUUUGGAAGUUUUGAACACGGGUUUUUGGAAAAAUUUUGGAUUUUUUUGGUCUAGUGUAAUAUAAAUUUUUAGGAUUGACGUUAUUUUUUUGAAAGUUUUGAGUCGAUAUGAGAUGGAUAAGAGGGGAAAUGGAUAUGGAUUGUGUUUAAAUGGCCUUUUGAAAAUUUUUUGGAAACCCAAAAAAAAUUACGUUUGUUUGGUAAAUUUCGCUAAUUUUUUGACUUUUUUCAGCAAAACGAAGACCUUUUCCAACAAAUCCUCGGCGCCGUCCAUCUCUCCAACCAACAACAAAAGAUUUUGGAGGCAAUUUUGGCCUAA